GGUUGGGGAUGUAGCUCAGUUUAGAGACUUUGAGUUCAAUGCCCAGUACCUCAAAAAGACAAGAUUUCUAAAAGCAUGUCCUACUCCCGAUGUGUGCCAGGCUGGAUGCCAAGCGUUCCACAGAUGUGUGGACUCAUCCUCUCAACGGCCCUCCAGGCGGCUAUUGUUAUCUCCAUUUUACAGGCCGCGUGUACUAUUUCAACCACAUCACCAACGCCAGCCAGUGGGAGCGGCCCAGCGGCACCAGUGGGAGUGGCAGUGGCGGCGGCAGCAAAAACGGGCAGGGGGAGCCUGCCAGGGUCCGCUGUUCGCACCUGCUGGUCAAGCACAGCCAGUCCAGGCGGCCCUCAUCCUGGCGGCAGGAGAAGAUCACCCGGACCAAGGAGGAGGCCCUGGAACUGAUCAACGGCUACAUCCAGAAGAUCAAGUCGGGAGAGGAGAACUUUGAGUCUCUGGCCUCACAGUUCAGCGACUGCAGCUCGGCCAAGGCCCGGGGAGACCUGGGUGCCUUCAGCAGAGGUCAGAUGCAGAAGCCAUUCGAAGACGCCUCGUUCGCGCUGCGGACGGGGGAGAUGAGCGGGCCGGUGUUCACGGACUCGGGCAUCCACAUCAUCUUGCGCACGGAGUGAGGCCGCGCCGUCCCCGCGGCCGCCGCAGUAUUUAUUGUCCCCGAGCGGCCGGGGAGGGGCCGGCGGAGCCGGGAACUCGUGCUCUCUGCGCCCCGUCCUCCGCAGUCGGGGCUGCCCCGCCAGACAGCUUGACCUUAGAGGAGGCGCGGGUGGGGAGACCCCCGGACCCAGGGGACUGAGCGCGGCCGGCGCCCCCGGCCCAGAGGCGGGCACCAGGGCCCGUCCAGUUGCAAAUGCCCACGGUUGCGCAGUGCCCGGGCCGCGGGCCGAGGGCCCGGGGGCGACAGCCGGGCAGCAGCACCCUUUGCCUCCCCCAUUAAAGCCGGAACCACUCUGCUA